GGGGACAUGGCCAGAAAGGCUCUAAGGCUUGCCUCGUGGACCAGCAUGGCACUGGCAGCCUCUGGUAUCUACCUCUACAGUAACAAGUACUUGGACCCCAAUGACUUUGGUGCCGUCAGGGUGGGCAGAGCAGUUGCUACGACAGCUGUCAUCAGUUAUGACUACCUCACCUCCCUGAGGAGUGUUCCCUAUGGCUCAGAGGAGUACUUGCAGGUGCGAUCGAAGGUGCACCUUCGCUCUGCCCAGCGUCUCUGUGAGCUCUGCUGUGCCAACCGGGGCACCUUCAUCAAGGUGGGCCAGCACCUGGGGGCCCUGGACUACUUGCUGCCCGAGGAGUACACCAGCACGCUGAAGGUGCUGCACAGCCAGGCCCCACAGAGCAGCAUGCAAGAGGUCCGCCAGGUCAUCCGUGAGGACCUGGGCAAGGAGAUCCAUGAUUUGUUCAUGAGCUUCGAUGACACUCCUCUGGGAGCAGCCUCCCUGGCCCAGGUCCACAAGGCAGUGCUGCGUGAUGGGCGCACGGUGGCUGUGAAGGUCCAGCACCCAAAGGUGCAGGCUCAGAGCUCGAAGGACAUUCUCCUGAUGGAGGUGCUUGUCCUGGCCGUGAAGCAGCUCUUCCCAGAGUUCGAGUUCAUGUGGCUGGUGGAUGAGGCCAAGAAGAACUUGCCCUUGGAGCUGGAUUUCCUCAACGAGGGGAGGAAUGCUGAGAAGGUGGCCCAGAUGCUCAAGCGCUUUGACUUCCUGAAGAUCCCGCGAAUCCACUGGGACCUGUCCACCAAGCGGGUCCUCCUGAUGGAAUUUGUGGAUGGCGGGCAGGUCAAUGACAGAGACUACAUGGAGAGGAACAAGAUAGAUGUCGAUGAGAUCUCACGCCUCCUGGGCAAGAUGUACAGUGAGAUGAUCUUCGUCCACGGCUUCGUGCACUGUGACCCCCACCCCGGCAAUGUGCUGGUGCGGAUGCGCCCAGGCACGGGCAAGGCAGAGGUCAUCCUGCUGGACCAUGGGCUUUACCAGGUACUCACGGAGGAGUUCCGCCUGAACUACUGCCACCUCUGGCAGUCUCUGAUCUGGACUGACAUGAAGCAGGUGAAGGAGUACAGCCAGCGCCUGGGCGCCGGGGAUCUCUACCCACUGUUCGCCUGCAUGCUGACAGCCCGCUCAUGGGACUCGGUCAACAGGGGCAUCAGCCAAGCUCCAGUCACUGCCACUGAGGACUCAGAGAUCCGCAACAACGCGGCCAACUACCUCCCUGAGAUCAGCCAGCUCCUCAACCACGUGCCACGCCAGAUGCUGCUCAUCUUCAAAACCAACGACCUGCUGCGGGGCAUCGAGGCUGCCCUGGGCACCCGCGCUAGCGCCAGCUCCUUCCUCAACAUGUCACGCUGCUGCGUCAGGGCACUGGCUGAGCACCAGAAGAAGAACACCUGCUCCUUCCUCAGCAGGACCCGGAUCUCCCUCAGCGAGGCCUUCCACCUGUGUCAGAUUGAUCUGUACGAGCUCGUCCUGCGUGUGAAGAGCUUGAGGCUGGCCGGCUGGCUCUCGACUCUGCUUUGCUGGCUCUUUCCUGCUCCCCACUGAGGGGCCUUGCCAGUGCGGCCCUGGGCUGGUGUCUUAGCACUCCUCAGUCCCUCAUCCUGUCUUCCCCAGUUGCCCACGUUGCCACAUGGGGCCUGCAACCCUGAGGUCAUUGUCAUGGCACCAUCGUCUUCCACUUUUGGAAUUCCCACAUGUCGCCCUUGUCUUGGGGCCCACAAGCGGGUGUGGAAUAGAUCUCGCUUCUUCUCCAAGGAGAAGACAUGCAGCUUACUCUCCCACUCCUGGUAUGAUCCGUUAGGUUAGAUGUCCCCCACUUCUGGUGACCCUUUCUGUUGUCAGGAUGGGUCAUGGGUGCCAAAGAGGGCUCCUUGAACUUGUACGGAAGUUGAUUUUGUCAGAGGGGAAUGUGGCUCUCAUGGGACUAGAGAACAGGUUUUCUUCCUGCUUGUCCCUCCCCAGAGGAAGUCACACCCCAGUGAGAUGGCUUGGCCUCUGGUGGCAGAUUCUGUUGCAGCCGUGAGUUCACUGCCAUCACAGUGACCCCUUGCUGUUUUCUGUACUGUGUUGCAAUAAAAACCUCUUCAAGGUUGCA